AUGACACAGCCAGAGAAGAAAAAUCCAGGUCUUACGCCGCUGGACUGGGUCAAGUUUCUUGUCUCUGCUGCCAUUGGACUGGUCACGGUGAUAAGUUCAGUUAGCCUUAAAAACACUGACGUCAGAGUCAUUGCUGCCAUACUUAGCACGGUUGUGGCCUACUGCGUUAAAACAUAUUUCACGUUUCAGAGAAACUUGGUAGAUUAUCAGAGCCUUAUCACAAGAUCUGUGUAUGAUAAGCAGCUAGACAGUGGAAGAGGCACUCUGCUUCACUUGUGCGACGAAGUCAUACAACAAGAGGUUAAAGAGGUCAUCAUUUCCUUCUUCAUGCUGAUAAAGCAAGGUCGUCCCACGAGCAAGGAGGAGCUUGACAAGCAAAGUGAAGCCUUCAUCAAAGAAGAGUUCAACGAAAGUUGCAACUUCGACGUGGAUGAUGCUAUCAAGAAGCUUGAGAAGCUUGGACUUGUCUCUCGUGAUUCAGGAGACAGGUAUGGAUGCGUGAGUAUGAAGGAAGCAAACGAGAUAAUGGGAACAACGACGGAAGAGAUGGUACUAAAGGCAAGAGAUGGUGCUGACUAUGAAGAUGAGGAGCCAACAGAGACUGAGCCUCAAAUGAACCCUCAUGAUGAACUUACCGCAAAGGAAGAGCGUUACCAAUCUCAAAUAAACGACUUCGAGACCUUGUGGAUGUAA